AUGCCGCACUCGACGACUUCCGGGUCGGAGCGGCGCGACCACUCCCAGAGCCGCUCCAAGGGCCAUCGAGAUGCAAGCGUUGACUCUCGCGAAGCCACCACCGAGAAGUUCCCCGACUUCGACUCGUCCUCCAGCUUCUACAACUCUGGCUCCGGGCCCGCCCAGGGGCGCCCCAGCAGCAGACAGAACGGUUACGCGAACGGGAGCUUGGCCCUGUCCAGUGGGGAGCGAUGGACCCCUCGGAGAGAGAGUUCUGCGCGGGGUGUCAAAUGGGGGGCCACGAGCACACCGUCACGCGGUCACGGCCGACAAAAGAGUAUCACCGAAGCUGUUAGGAACAUUCGGAAUCGUGGCGGCAGUGUCAGCCAGAAUGCCCAUGAGAUCGCCGGCGCCCUCAAGGCCCCGGUGUCCCCGAGACUCAUUAUACUUUGCCUCAUGUGGUACGCGUCAUCUGCGCUCACCAACACUUCGGCCAAAUCCAUUCUGAACGCCUUCGCCAAACCUGCCACCUUGACCAUGAUCCAAUUCCUGUUCGUAUCGGCUUAUUGCCUGCUGUUCUCAUGGCUCGCGGCUGCAUCCCCGACUGUCAGGUCUGCUGUGCCGGCAUUGAAGUAUGGAAUCCGCCCGCCGAGCAUGGAAGUCAUCCGGACAACGAUGCCCUUGGCCCUCUUCCAGAUAGGGGGCCAUCUAUUAAGCUCCAACGCGACCACGCUGAUACCUGUGUCCCUUGUUCACACAAUUAAGGGGCUUUCUCCUCUGUUUACUGUUCUUGCUUACCGUUUCAUCUACGACAUCAAAUACCCAUCCGCCACCUACCUAUCAUUGAUACCCCUGACCGCCGGCGUCAUGCUUGCCUGCUCCGGGAAACACGCCAACUUCGGCGGACAGCUUCUCGGAAUCAUCUACGCACUCCUGGCCACGCUCAUAUUCGUGACCCAAAACAUCUUCUCUAAACGCCUCUUCAACGAGGCCGCCCGAGCCGAAGCCGAGGGUUUGACAGCAAAGACCCGAAAGCUCGACAAGCUUAAUCUCUUGUGCUACUCCUCCGGUCUUGCCUUUGUCUUGACAGCGCCAAUAUGGUUUUGGAGCGAAGGCAUCGGCAUCCUCGGCGACUUCCUCCAUGACGGUGCCGUUGAUCUCGAGGAGGGCCCCAACACCUUUGACCACGGCCGUUUGUUCGUCGAAUUCGUGUUCAAUGGCACUUUUCAUUUUGGCCAGAACAUUCUGGCUUUUGUCCUCCUCUCCAUGGUGUCACCUGUAACCUACUCUGUCGCAAGUCUACUCAAACGAGUGUUCGUCAUUGUGAUUGCGAUCCUCUGGUUUCGUAGCCCAACAACCAGGCUUCAGGCGGUCGGCAUCGCACUCACCUUUUUCGGCCUCUACCUCUACGACAGGAGUAGCGAGAAGAACAAGGCGGACCGCAGGGCACGGAAUAUGACAGAGAGUAACGUUGCUCCCCUAUUACCACUCAACACGGCAGAAGGGCUACGGGUGAACCAGCCUGCCACGGUCUUUGAGAGCCCUAUAUCUAUUACACCAAAUCCUACCGCGCACCCCUACACCAACGGCUACUCCUACAGCAAUGGGAACGGUGACGACAGUAAGAAGUCGGACGACCCUGGCACUGCACGGACAAGAGCCCAAAGCAAUGCGCAAUGGCUGCCGCCAGGAACGAGGCAAGAGGAAACCUGGCGGCUAGGGGAUCAGAGUGCUCGUCGCCCGGCGUGA